AUGGGAAAAAAAAAUUCAUUGUUGGCUUCUUCCAAAGCCGUAGACCCCCACCUGGAGGCUCUCUUUGCCUCGAGUUCUGGCCCGGUGUCCGCUCCUCCUACAUCAAGAUACCAGAAGCUCCGAGAAAGCAAGCCCAAGUCGGCGUCGAACAACGAGGCAUCUGACGAUGACGACGAGGUGCUGUCUGAAGCCAGCGAAGAGCUCGACUACGAGGACGACGAGGAGAAUGACAAGGAUGGCGACGAAGAGGAAAAUUCUGGUGAAUCUGAAGAAGAAGAAGAAGGAGAGCCCAGUGCUAAGGAGGAAUCUAAAGAAGCCACCGUACCCCGCCAGGAGCGCAAACGCAAGCGCAAGGAUGACAAUGAAGAUCUGGAAGGAAAAUAUCUUGCUAGCCUGAGCAAGAAUGACAAAGACGAGCCAUCCGGCAAGCGUGUCAAAGGCGAGACCACAAAGGACGGCUCCGGCUCCGACUCUGACAACAGCGACGACUCCGAGGAGGACGAGAAAGCAGACAAUGAAGUAUUGCCCACACACGAAUCACUCAGCAAGGAGGCCACGACCGCUGAAGCGGACAAGGCCUCCAGGACCGUCUUCCUGGCCAACGUCUCUUCCGAAGCCGUCUCCUCCAAGUCCGCCAAGAAGCAGCUCCUCGCGCACCUCUCCGCCGCCCUCGACAACGAUGACUAUCCGCUUCAAAAGGUAGAGUCGAUCCGCUUCCGCUCCAUCGCCUUCUCAGCGCUCUCGAUGCCCAAACGCGCCGCCUACAUCACCAAGUCCGUCAUGGAGGCCACCACGCACUCCGCCAACGCCUACGUCGUCUUCUCGACCGCCGCCGCCGCCCGGCGCGUCUGCCAGCAGCUCAACGGCAGCGAGGUGCUCGGUCGCCACCUCCGCGUCGACAGCGUCGCCCACCCAAGCAAGACGGACCAUCGCCGCUGCGUCUUCGUCGGCAACCUCGGCUACUUCGACGACGAGAACACCGACAAGGACGGCGAGAAGGAGACCAAGAAGCGCAACAAAGUGCCUGCUGAUGUCGAGGAGGGUCUCUGGCGCACAUUUUCCAAGCACGGCAAGGUGGAAAACGUCCGUGUCGUGCGCGACCCCCAGACUCGCGCAGGCAAAGGCUUUGCCUAUGUCCAGUUCUACGACGCCAAUGCCGUGGAAGAAGCUCUUCUUCUUGACGGCAAGAGUUUCCCUCCCAUGCUGCCGCGCAAGCUGCGCGUCACCCGCGCCAAGGACCCGCGCAAGACGAACCAGGCGAUGGAGCGCACCAAGGCCAAGUUCAACAGCGGGAAGCAAGCCGGCGACCGUGGCAAGGCCGCCGGCGGGGUGGCCCGCAAGGGCGCCUCGACCUACGUUCCCAAGCUGACGCCGGACCAGCAGGCCGCCGCCGGCCGCGCCGGGAAGCUGUUCGGCCGCGCGCGCGCGAACGGUGGCAGCGGCGCUGUCCUGCCUAGCGGUGUGAAGGCGCCUGAGAAGAUUGUAUUUGAGGGCCGCCGCGCGUCGUCUCGGGACGCACUCCCCAAGGACCUCAAGAAGAAGGUCAAGAGCAAGCGCGCCCGGCCGACCACUAGAAGCGCUCGCCGGGGCGCCGACUGGAAGAAGAAGAGUUCUGAUAAGUGA